AUGCAAACCACGUUAUCCUCUGAAUCCGAUGGCCGGGACCCAGAGUUCCGUUCACCGCUCCUUCCGCCGGAGAAGCUCUGCAUCGACGAGAUGCUGCAGAAGUAUUGCGGGGAGUUCGGGCGGUGGCAGCUGAAGCACUUCGUCCUCACGAGCCUCGCGUGGGCCUUGGAAGCAUUUCACACCAUGGUUAUGAUAUUCGCGGACCGUGAACCGAAGUGGAGGUGCCUCGACAGUGCCGUCGGUUUGGGCUGCGACCCAGCCGCGAAGAGCGUGUGCCGGUUCGAACCGGGUUCGUGGGAGUGGGUCGGAGAAACGGCAUCCUCAACGGUCUAUGAGUGGGGUUUGGUUUGUGGUGACAAGUUUAAGGUUGGGCUGGUUCAGGCCGUGUUCUUCGGUGGCUGUAUGAUCGGAGCUGGAAUAUUCGGUCACCUCUCAGACUCAUUUCUAGGAAGGAAAGGCUCUCUAACAGUGGUUUGCAUCCUAAACACCAUCUUUGGAAUCUUAACAUCACUCUCUCCGAACUACUGGUCCUACUUCAUCCUCCGCCUACUCACCGGCUGCAGCACCGGCGGCGUCGGCCUAUGCGCCUUCGUCCUUGCCACCGAGCCUGUGGGCCCCGCGAUGCGCGGUGCCGCCGGCAUGUCCACCUUCUACUUCUUCUCUACAGGAAUUGCACUCCUCUCAGGUAUAGCCUACAUCUUCCCAACAUGGCGCAGCCUCUACAUUGCAUCUUCCAUACCCUCACUUCUCUUCAUUCUCACCAUCCUUCCCUUCAUCUCCGAGUCCCCAAGAUGGUACCUCGUUAGAGGAAGAAUCAAAGAAGCCAUGAAAAUCAUGUCAACCAUUGCCACCUCAAACGGUAACCACCUACCACAAGGGGUUCUUCUAACCCUAGAUGAAGAACCAUCGACAUCAUCAUUGUCGCCAUCAUCAUCAUCAAGUGAAACAUCAUGUCAUGACAAAGAUUCAAAGCCAGUGACAGGUACUCUAGUUGACGUGAUUCGCUCACCAAUAACGCGUACACGUUUGGUUCUAGCUGUAGUAAUAAACUUCUUAUGCUCUGUGGUGUACUAUGGCCUAAGCCUAAACGUGGUUAACCUCGAAACAAACCUUCACCUAAACGUGAUACUAAAUGCGGUAGCAGAGAUGCCGGCAUAUAUGAUAACGGCGAUGUUGUUGGACAGGUUAGGGAGGAAGCCGUUAACUAUAGGGACAUUGUGGUUCAGUGCGUUGUUCUGUUUCAUUGGGAGUUUGAUAAGGAAUGUUGGAGUUUGGAAAGGGGUGAGAAUGGUGUGUGGCAUUUUGGGGAUUUUUGGGAUGGCGGGGACUUAUAAUUUGUUGUUUAUUUAUACGGCGGAGCUGUUCCCGACGGUGGUGAGAAACGCCGCGCUUGGUUGCGCCACGCAGGCGGCGCAGAUGGGUGCUAUAUUGGCGCCGGUUAUUGUCGUUUUGGGUGGAUGGUGGCCGUUUAUAGUGUUUGCUUUGUGUGGAUUUGUUGGUGGGUUGUUUGCGUUUUACCUCCCUGAGACGUUAAAUCAACCCCUCUAUGAUACUUUAACGGGAAUGGAGGCCGGCCAAUGUGAAAACUCCUCCACAACUGUGUGA